AUGGCAGCUCUGCCGGAGACGCGUACAGUGACAACCAGCGGAGUCUUGAAUAAACCUACCAGGUUUUUGAGAACCGAGAAUCCUGCGGAUGAGGUUUUUACAAGACUCAAUUACCAACAUUGCCUACAUGACCCACGUCGAUCACCAGCGGACCACGUGUAUUCCACAAGAUGUCCUCACGAAUUUCGGUUCCAAAAACGAACGACUAGAACAGAGGCAAUUCCAUCCGCCACGGGACCAUUGCCUCCGGUGGAAGAUGAAAAAGUAGUUGUAGAAGAACUGGUGGUGCAUCUGAGUGAUUUGGUGUACCAAAUGUACGCCGAGUGGACCAUGUCUUGGGAGUUUACUGUCUUGGGCAUGUACGAUGACCAAAUCCAUAUCAUUAAUCACGCUACUAUCACGCCAUACAGCGACCCAGCCGAGUGGAAAACUAUCACUGUGGGCAGCGUGAAGGACAUAUUAGGAAGGUUCAAAGGCUCUCAUGGUCUUGAGGAUGUACUCUACUUCAAAAUAAAGUGGUCACGUCAAGAGAUAUCUUUGGCAACGUUUGAUAAAACUCGACGCGAGCUAGAUGAUCUGAAGAAAGCGAUGCUGCAAACACGCAACACAUUGCUCGAAACUUUUCAAGAGCCCUCAAUUGAUAUGACUCGAUUAGUCUUUCGUUCGAAACAUGGCGAAACUUUUAAACAUCUGUAUGUCCCAAGCCGUAUACUUACACGAUUCGAGUACUUUCAGAAAUGUCACUCGCCAGAAGACUCUGAGUCACAACGUCUGGAUAAAGCAAAGCGCAAAAGGGACGAAGCAGAAAUGCUUACCGAAGAGUUACCCUGCAAUGAUUCCGAUGAAGAAUGGGACAGUGAACCUGACAACAGUGAACCUGACAAGCUACUAUCCAUGUCGAUGGCACCUCGUACGCAAUUUCCUCCUUAUAUGAAUGUGCUUAUCUUGUACGAUACUCAUUGUGAUAUUGUAGUCGACGAACAUAUCAAGCAUUCAUCGAUUAUGCAAUCUGCGGCUCUGCAUUUCGCACCGCUGAGGUCUGCAUACCAACAAUACUGUGAAAACCCUUCCGUUCCGGCUCCAGAGAGCGGCCAAUUACCAAAAUUAGAAAAUGUUCAAUCACAGCAACUAAAACCUCAUCUAUCACAAGAACCGAAAAAUGAGCAAUCACAGCAACUAAAACCUCAUCUAUCACAAGAACCGAAAAAUGAGCAAUCACAGCAACUAGAACCUAGUCAAGCACCACAACUUAUCCCUUGGCCUGAGUGGGCUGAAGCUCACUGCACCCCUCACACUGUUGUACCCGGGUUCAAAGUGCUCUCAAGCCCAAAGAGUUUGCAUCGUUUGGCCCAUACGUUGAACAUUCCUGAAUUAAAAGCAAUAUGUCACAAACAAAUUAUUAACUCCCUCGAGGUCGGCAAUGUAAUUUCUGAAAUCCAGAGUCCAGUUUUCAAGCAACAUGAAGAACUACGAGUUGAAGCCUAUAAAUGGAUAAACAAAAAUUGGCAAUCACUUACUACCUCCGACCUUAUCUCUCUUGUCAAAAAUCUUUCAGAAGAGGAAGCUACUCUUCUUGUCGAAUAUACCCUUGAUGAUCUUGCUCCCUGUGCAUAA